CGCUGUGGCUGCCCGGCUGCCGGGAGGGGAGGGGAGCGGAGCGGCGCGGGGGGGGCCGAGCCGCCCCCGCCGCGGGGACCCCGGCGCCUCCUCGCCCGACCUGCCGCCUGCCUCGGGGCGCUCCUCCCGCGCGGACCGGUGCGGUGGGAGGAGGAGCGGGGAAAACACGGGGGCUUCUUCCUCUGCGUGCGGCGGCGGCGGCGGGCGCAGCAUCCUCGAGACCGGGAGGCCGGGAACAAAGGCUCCGCGCCAGCCCCGGCGGCUCUACCUGCCCCCAGCGGAGAUGGCGUCCCUCGGCUUAGGGGGGCUCAACGUCUCCGCCCGCAGGAAGAGCGUCCCGUCUCGCAACGCCGCGGUGGAAAGGCGGAACUUGAUCACGGUCUGCAGGUUUUCAGUCAAGACUCUGAUUGACCGUUCCUGUUUUGAGACUAUAGAUGAUACUUCCCCUGAAUUUAAUAAUUUUGCAGCCAUUCUGGAACAGAUUCUAAGUCAUCGACUGAAAGGUCAGAUCACCUGGUUCGGCUAUGAAAGUCCUCGUAGUUUCUGGGACUACAUUCGAGUAGCUUGCCGAAAAGUCUCUCACAAUUGCAUCUGCAGUAUUGAGAACAUGGAGAAUGUCGGUUCUUCUAGAGCUAAGGGUCGAGCCUGGAUCAGAGUAGCACUUAUGGAAAAACAUUUGUCUGAAUAUAUUUCCACAGCUCUGAGAGACUUCAAAACAACCAGGAGAUUUUAUGAGGAUGGAGCAAUUGUUCUUGGUGAAGAAGCAAAUAUGCUUGCUGGUAUGCUCUUGGGACUCAAUGCAAUUGAUUUCAGUUUUUGUCUGAAGGGUGAAGGAUUGGAUGGCAGCUUUCCAGCUGUCAUAGAUUAUACACCGUACCUGAAGUUCACCCAAAGUUCUGACAGCAUCAGCAGUGAUGAAGAAGAGCUAAGGACACUGGGCAGUAGUGGCAGUGAAGGCAGUACUCCAGAGAACAUUGGUCCUCCUUUCAUCAUGGAUGAAAACAGUUGGUACAACAAAUGCAAAAGGGUAGAACAGAAGUACCGGCUUGCAUUGGAACAGAAGGGUUACCUUGAAGAAUUGGUACGACUCAGAGAAAACCAGCUAUCUGAAUCUGUCUCGCAGAAUAAACUGCUGUUACAAAGAAUUGAAGAUAUGGAUCUAGCCCAUAAAAUGGAGAAGGAACAGCUGGAAUAUAUCAUUGUGGAACUGCAAGACCAGUUGACUGUGCUAAAGAAUAAUGACUUGAGAUCAAGACAAGAAUUAACUACUCACCUCACCAAUCAGUGGCCUUCCCCAGGAGCUCUGGAUGUCAAUGCUGUUGCCUUGGACACUCUACUCUAUAGAAAGCACAAUCAACAAUGGGAUGAGAAGAGUUUUCAAAGUCUGGACCAACUUUCAGCAGAAGUUAGUCUUUCUCAGUCCUCUCUGGAUCCAGGUCACUCACAGGAUGGGAAGCAGGAUGGAAUGAACUUAUUAAAUGAAGGGAAGGAAGACACUCCAUCAUUGCUUGGUCUUUGUGGCUCUCUUACUUCAGUAGCAAGCUACAAAUCUCUCACAAGUCUGAAAUCAAGUGAAUAUCUUGCAAGUCCCACAACAGAGAUGACAAGUCCAGGCUUAACACCAUCUUGAGAUAUACGCAAGAAGGAAGAGCUUUGUGUUGUAUGCAUUUGGUUUAUGUUCCAUAAAAUGACUUGCAAUGAAGACUGCUAGUUCUGAGUUAAAAAAUAAGCUGCUUUAUUUUUCUUUUCAUGGUUACCUGUUUAAUUCACAAAUUCUGUCAGUUUUCAUUCAAACUUUUUUUUCCCCCAGAGGACUUUUCAGAUUUUCUAUUUUAGUCUUGAAUUAUUUAAAGCUCUUGGGCAGGUAGCAGACAUAUAACCUGAUGCUUAUGACUGAUUUUUAAAAUGAAACAGUUGCAAAUCAGUCCCCUACUUAACUGCCACGACCUUUGUUUCUCUUUGCAAUGGCCUGGCCCUACUCCAGCCACGGUGCUUCUCUGCAGUGCUUUAAAUAUCUAUCAACUGUUGCAGAACAGACAGGGAAUCCUUAAUGCCAGUCUUUGUAGGCAAAUAAAUAUUUUACCUAAAAAUCCAGCUUUUCAUCUGUGUAUGUGGCAUAGGACCUCAAAUAGCAUAUUUAACCUAUCAACAGCUCUUCUGAAGUUGACUCAAUGUUAGAUUUUGCAUUCUUGUUAGUAUCGUGGCACUUAGGAGAUGUCUGAAUCGCACUGAAGAAUCACACUGAAAUACUCCUACUGAUUCUUGAAGUUGCAUGUGAAUAACAAAUGUAAGUUGAUCAUCUAAGUCAAGCAUACUUAGCGAUUUGUAAAUGCUGAGGAAACUCACUAAAUGCUUUUGAGUGACCUGAGUUACAGAUAAUCAAACAUUAUACAAGAAACUUCUUGGUUUAUUGGCCUUGCUGGAAAGAUGGGGACUAAGGAUGGUGGAGUUAGCACCUUGGGAAGUUUGGAUUGUGUGUUUAUUGGCAAGAUCCCAAGGAGAGUGAAAAAGGGGAAACAAAGACAAUGUAAUGACAGUAUUCUCAUGUUAAAGAUUUUUCUCAUUCCUGUAGUAGUGCAAUAGGUAUUUUUUCUUGAUUAGGUAAUACCGCGGAACUUAAAUUUAAGUCAGUUUUCUCAAAUUACUUGCCAUUGAUUUAAAUUACUGAAGGGGGAGGGGGGAAGGGAGACAUUUUUUAAAUGAAACUAACUUUCCAGAUUAUCCUACAGUUUCAAAGUUUGCAAAUUAAUUUUUGAAUUGCAAACUAUAUUCUUAAUUCUUUGUAAGAUACAAUGGAUCCUUUAUCUAUGAAUUUUGCUAAUCAAGGUAAUGCUUAUCAGUAUGAUUAGUAACUUUUUAAACAAAACUUAAAUGCAUGUAAGUACGUUGUAUUUAUAAGUGCUAGGGAAGAUGCUUUUUUGUGCCAAAGAAGUUUCAUAAAUUGUUUACAUGAGUAGCUGCAAUACAAGACAGAUUUUUAAUUAUUGCUUACUCUUAGAUGUUUACAGUAUGUCACUACACUGGAUGGUUUUAGUUGAUUUGCCUCUUGUAAUGGUACCUUGGCACUACUACUAUAAUCUCGUCAUUUUAGGGUGGGCUUGAAAGAGCGAAGAUUCAUUCUUACCUUUACUAAAAACUACAGGAAAUGUUUAGCCUUUGUAAGUAUGAGGCUUUGCAUCUCCGGAAUGCAACGCAGUUGGAUUUAGCUGGAGGAGGUUCCAGAUACAUCUCCUCAACUCUCCAGUCCACAGUGCUGGAGGUCAUUGCAUCCAUGGCAGGGUAAACAACUACUGAUGCCAUUUUAAUGCAGAUUUUUUAAGCAGCUUAGCCAAAUCCACCAGACCUUGUCUUUCAAGCCCUCAUGUACCCACUCAGUUAAUUUCUUUGUAAUAAACUGACCAUUAAAUCCUUUCAUACACUGUCAGAAUGUCCAUUACUUCAUGUAACUGGUUUUUUUGUUAUCACAUUAAGCACCUGUUCUCUCAUGGCAGUUGAGUAACAUUAUUAAAUACUAAUUUGUAAACUAGAGAUGCAUUUUUACCUCAAAUACAGUGAAGGAAUCUGGAUUCCACAAGUUAACAUUCUACAUCAAGGUACAGUGAUUUAAUCGGUUUUGUUUGCUGUUAAACACUUCUACAUCCCACUACGUCAGUAUUUUGGAGGGGGCUAUAAUCAUGAUCUUCAGUCAUGUUUGCUGAUGGCUCUUUUCUUGGAGCUACUGGUGUGAAAUUCAUGUGUCAUUUAACUGAAGUCUUUUAUGUAGUCUGACAGCACUGUGAGUUUCUGGGUGUCAUUUUGUGCAUGGGAAAUCAGUUAUGUGUGUCCUCCUCAGUUAUAAACAUUAAUAAUUUUUCAAAAAAAAUGAAAAAAAUGCCGAAACUGUAUGUUUUGUUGCCUUGACGUUCCAUAAAUGUUGCAUGUAAAUUAAACAUUUUGUAUCAUCACUAA